AUGUUGCAGAUGGAGGACAGUUGCUCGAUCAAAGAUGACGUGACUCAAUUGAUAGGAAACACACCAAUGGUGUAUCUGAACAACAUUGUAGAUGGUUGUGUUGCUCGCAUCGCGGCUAAGCUUGAGAUGAUGGAGCCUUGCUCUAGUGUCAAGGAGCGAAUCGCUUAUGGUAUGAUUAAAGAUGCAGAAGACAAAGGGUUAAUUACGCCCGGAAAGAGCACAUUGAUAGAGGCAACAUCUGGUAACACCGGCAUCGGUUUAGCCUUUGUGGGAGCAGCUAGAGGUUACAAAGUAGUGCUAACAAUGCCUGAAUCAAUGAGUCUUGAGAGAAAGAUCAUUCUAUUAGCACUAGGUGCAGAGCUUCACUUAACAGAGCCGAGAAAAGGUGUUAAAGGAUUAAUCGAGAAAGCAGAAGAGAUAUUAAGCAAGACUCCAGAUGGUAUCAUGCUCCAGCAAUUCAAGAAUCCUUCAAACCCACAAACUCAUUAUGAAACCACUGGUCCAGAGAUAUGGAGAGACUCAGCAGGGGAAGUAGAUAUAUUGGUCGCCGGUGUUGGCACUGGUGGAACCAUUUCCGGAUCUGGAAAAUUCCUCAAGGAGAAGAAUAAAGACUUUAAGGUUUAUGGGGUGGAACCUUCAGAAAGCCCGGUUAUCAGUGGAGGCCAACCGGGUAUGCAUUCGAUCCAAGGUAUUGGAUCUGGAAUCGUUCCAGACAAUUUGGAUUUCAGCGUUCUUGAUGAAGUCAUUCAAGUGACAAGUGUGGAAGCAAUUGAAACAGCAAAACUUCUCGCACUGAAAGAAGGAUUGCUGGUUGGAAUAUCCUCCGGAGCUGCUGCAGCCGCUGCAAUAAAGGUGGCGAAGCGGCCAGAAAACGCCGGGAAGCUCAUAGCUGUGAUUUUCCCAAGUGGCGGGGAACGUUACUUAUCCACUGAAUUGUUCGAGUCGGUCAGACGUGAGGCAGAGAAUUUGCCAAUUGAAUGA